UUCGAUUCCGAUCUGGCUGGUUGUCUGACGGACGUGCUGUGUCUCUUUUGUUGUGUUUUUUUUGCGAACGAGCGAAGAGCAACAGGACCUCUGCGCCCGUAUUCAAACUGAUUUUUUUUAUUGUUGCAAUGCAAUAUUCGCGGAACGAAUAACAACAACAUACAUAACUCAAUAUUCAAGUGCAAAGCAAAUACAAAUCAAACACAAAAGAAUAAGCAACGAAAUAAAGAUAUAUAGAAAAGAAAAACAAAACGAAAAAAUUCGCACAUUUUUUCUGUCUUGUCCAGUGGAAAAUACAACAAAUAAACAACAACAACAACGGCUAAAUCAGUUAACAAUCUGUUCAAAACCAAUCAACAAAAUGUCUGCUGAUAUUCUGCAGAAAUCAAGAGAGCAGGAUGACUCGCACUAUUUCGAGCGUGGCGAUAUAUCCAAAUACGUAACGAUGAACGAUCACUUGGGUGAUUUCGAUUGCAUCGACCGCGAGGUGCGGAAGGAAAUAAGGAUGCUGCUCACCCACGGCGCUAACUUGGAGCAGCAGCACCAGCAGCAGCCACAUCGCCACCAUGGCGGCCUCACACGCACCAUUUCACAGCCGGCCCAGCUCAUCCAGCAGCAGCAACACCAACAGCAGCAGCAACAGCAGCAGCCAGCUGUAGCCAGUCUGGUGACCAUCACCGAGAACCUGGGCAACAUGAACCUGCACCGCAAGCUGGAGCGAACCCAGUCGGAGCCACUGCCGCCACAGCAGCCGAUGAACACAUCCAGAUACAAGACCGAGCUGUGCCGUCCGUUCGAGGAGGCCGGGGAAUGCAAGUACGGCGAGAAGUGCCAGUUCGCCCAUGGAAGCCACGAGCUGCGAAACGUGCACCGUCAUCCCAAGUACAAGACGGAGUACUGCCGCACCUUCCACAGCGUGGGCUUCUGUCCCUACGGACCGCGCUGUCACUUUGUUCACAAUGCGGACGAGGCCCGCGCCCAACAGGCGGCCCAGGCAGCCAAGUCCUCCCCCCAGUCGCAGUCGCAGCAGUCGUCGUCGCAGAACUUCUCGCCGAAGAGCAGCCAGAGCAGCAAUCAAAGCAGCAACAGUAGCAGCAGCAGCAGCAGCAGCGGCGGUGGCGGCAACAGCAACAACAACAACGGUAGCCAGUUCUAUCUGCCGCUGAGCCCACCGCUGAGCAUGAGCACAGGAUCGGACCGGGAAUCGCCCACCGGAUCACUGUCCCUCAGCCCCACCAACUCGAUGACCAGCUUCCCGUUCCACGAUGCCCUGCAGCAUGGGUAUUUGGCCUCGAAUGGCGCCAAGAGCAACAGUUCCGCCUCGUCCACAUCAUCGGCCUCUGGAAUGGGUCUGGGCAUGAGCAUUGGCAUGGGCCAGGGCAUGAUCAUCGGUCAGGGCUUGGGAAUGGGACAUCAUGGACCGGCCACACCGCCGGAGAGCCCCAAUGUGCCCAUAUCGCCAGUGCACACACCGCCGCCGUACGAUGUGACGGUCAAUGGAUCUGGAGCGGGCAACAAUACCGUCGGCAGCAAGCAGCUCCUGCAGAAGAGCGUCAGCACACCGAUGCAGCAGGAGGAUACGCCCAGGUUGCCGGUUUUCAACCGUCUUAGCUCCGGUGUGGAGGCCUACCAGCAGCAGUCCAAUUUGGGACUCUAAGCGCGUGGCAGUCUGCGAAACAAAAUUUAAUUGAAACACCAUCCAACAUCCUACUCACGCCCAUCCAAGCAUCCCUCCAUCAACAAACAGCAUCCUUGACAAAAUCUCAGUAACGACCAAACCAUGGAAACUGAAAACAAAACUACUCUCGCAGUCCAAUUUGAAACGCAAAUAUCCCAAGGCAAAUGGAUUUCCGGUGGCGUAUCUUCGAUGCAGAACCAAUGUGUAUCAAGUAUACGCCACCGAAAAAACAGAACACUGCCAAACACAGACACCGCUUAAUCCUUGAUAUCAAUUCUCUCAUUGCUGUGACAGUCAAACGUAAUCGUUAUACAAUAAUCGUUAUGUGAGAAGGACCGAAUUACAGACUACUACGGGACAAUUAGUUAGAUAGAUACGUAAAUGACAAACAAACAAUCCAAGCAAACGAUGAUCUUAAACUAUAACUAAAUACUAAAAACUAACAAAAACGAAAACAAAACAAAAAAAAAACAUAGCAAGCAUGAAAGCUAUAGCUAAACAAAACAUUCUUAUGAACUGGACAAUAUACAAAGGCGGAGAUAACGAAAAGGACUAUUGGGAAUGUUGCUCAAAUCAAAUCAACAAAACCCACGGCCAACGACGAAUGUGAAAAUCGUUCCUGCAUUUAUAGAAACUACUGCACUGCAUUCAUUAGAACAUAUGCACAUGCACACCUGUCGCUUUUGUUCAAUACUUAUACGCCACACAAUUUGGAUAGGUCUCAUGUAAAAAAUUGAUUACCGGCUUGUAUAUAUAUAUAUUUAUAUAUGCAUAUAUGGCCACCACCUGUGUAUAUAUAACUUUUGAUGUGGAUAAAUAGAGAGCGAGAUAGAGAAGAAGAGUAGAGAGUUGGUCCCCGAUGUCUUCCAAUCCAAGCCAAGCCAAUCAAUCAAUCAAUUAAUCGAUCCAUUCAAAUGAGCAUGAUAGACGGACAGAAAGAAAGCUACGAAAAUUCUUUAAUUUAUUAUUUUUGCUAAAAAUUAUGUAAUAGAGAACGUUAUGUACAUACGAGAGUUAAUAUUUUGAUAAAGAUAAUAAAUUAUAAUUACCAAUUACUCUACGAUUACGUUUAAAUGAUGAUCUUGAAUGAUAUGAAUAUUAUUGAUGAUAUACCUCUGCAAAUCGUGCAACUAAUCACAACAACAACAACAACAACCAACGAGCAACCAACAAUUUUUCAUUUUGAGAGGACAUUUUUAAUGGAAUUUUGUCAUUGAUUUGAUAUAUAUUUUUUUGUUUGAAUGACUACGAUUUUUUGUACUCUUUAAAAUCGAUCUAUGAAAUGGAAAUGCUGAUUUUUAAACACCAUAAUUUAUUUUCACAUCUAUUUACAUAAAACAUACCAGAUAUAUUUUAUAUGCAAUUAAUGUUAAUAAUUUAUGAAAACAACACAUGCGACACACUCAGACACACACACACAUAUUUUGACCAUUGAUAAUUUUAUGUUUUUUAUAUGGUAUAUGCGACAGAUCAUUUUGUUUAUUAUAUAUUAUUUUUAUUUAAUUUAUUUUACAACUUUUUCUUGAUUUCUUCUAUUUUUGGGUGCAGUUAUAUAAUUUUAGUGUUAUGAGAGAGCCUUAAUUUAUAUAAAACUUAUAUAAAACCAUAUUAUAAUUAUGCUUACGUCGAUGAUAAUGAAGUAAAUGCAUAUGUAAUAAAAACGGAAAAAGGAAAGGAAAAACCUUAACAAAAAAAGCCUAUUUAAAAUAUUUAUGUAGGAAAAACCAUACGAAUGUCGAUCUCUUUGUAUGCGUCGAUAAAAUUGAAAGAAAAAGCGAUUUAUAAAAGGACAAAUAGCAAUCUGAGUACAGUGUUAGAAAUUUAACUGAGCAAACAAAAUAGAAACUUAAUACAAAUAUUUAAAUUAUUUUGUACACAUUUUUUGCCCUAUUCAAAUUUAUAUGGAUAAAUAUGUAAACUCUGUAAUCCGUAUACAGCGACCUUUUUUUUUGCAAAUAAUUUAUAUCGAAACAAUUGCUGAAUUGCAAUUUAAAUCAAAUUAAAUCAAAUAUUUAAUUACUCCUAUUUAUUAUUAUCUCCUUCACUAGGCUUAUUAUAGUUACAUAACGACCAGCAGCAGCAAAAAUUUUUAGCAUGACUUAAAACUAAAAAAAAAAGAAAAAAAAACGGCCGGUGAAAGAGCAAAUUCCAUGCGUGUUUAUCAAUUUGUGUGCACGCACGAGGGGGGUAAAUAAUUCUCAAAGUGCCUUAUCGUUAAUAUUAUGUAUAAAUUAAAUACACACAAACACAAAUUAUGUAUAGUCUUGUGGAAAUGGAAAAGGAAACGCAGAGACGGAGUGCAAAAGGCAUAUUAAUUAUUUAUUAUUAUAUUAAAGUCUAUUUUAUUAUA